AAGCAUGUUGAUCUACAGGGUUCAUCUGCAAUGAGGUUGGUCCCAAUGGCUACUUCAAUUCAUAUCUUAUAUAUGUAAACCCAAUAUAUAUAUAUUUUGGAUGAUUGGCAAAGUCACAGUUGUAACCGGUGGUGCAAGAGGGAUUGGAGCUGCCACAGCUAAAUUUUUUGUUGAAAAUGGGGCUUAUGUUGUUAUUGCUGAUAUAUUGGAUGAACCAGGGACUAUGCUUGCCGACUCCAUAGGAGCUUGCUACAUUCAUUGUGAUGUAGCCAAGGAAAGUGAUGUCGAAUCAGCUAUCCAACUUGCUAUCACAUGGAAAGGCAAACUAGACAUACUGUUUAGCAAUGCUGGCAUUGGAGGCAUUGCAAGCAGCAUAACCAGCCUUGACAUGGAGCAAGUGAAACAUCUGAUCUCAAUCAAUCUACUCGAUAAAGUACAUGCAAUCAAGCACGCUGCACGAGCCAUGCUGAGUGCAGUAAAAGGUUCCAUCAUAUGUACGUCGAGUUCCACAGGUAUCAUUGGAGUGUUAGCGUCUCACCCUUACUCUUUGUCGAAAGCUGGUAUCAUCAGACUAAUGUGAACAGCGGCAUGCAAGUUGGGGAUUCAUGUGAACUGCAUUUCUCCUCAUGCUGUCCCUACAGAUAUGCUCGUUAGUGGUUAUAGAAUUUAGGGGAAUGAAACAACACCCGAACAAGUGAAGACACUAGUCGGUGAAGAAGGGAUUUUAUUACGUGGGAAAGCUGCAACUGUUGAAGAUGUGGCCAAAGCUGCAGUGUUCCUCGCCUCAGAUGACAACGGAUUCAUAACAGCGCAUAAUCUCGUUAUUGACGGCAGAUAUACGUCUGCUAUUAGUUCAGAGUUUCAUCUGCAAGUAGUAAAGAAUUAG